UCGUCGUCGCAAUCGCAGCGCAGCAAAGUGAAAAUAAAAAUUCCCAUCCCAAGUUUGUAUGCGCGUUUGUCGUCGUCGUCGCGUAAAAAUCUCGCUGGGAAAAAGUGCACACAAAAGAGUUUAGUUUCCAUUAUUCCUUCCUCGAAUCGUCAGUUUUCGUCGUCGUCGCGAUAGAUGGUUGUUCCGUUGUGAAAAUUAUUUGGCUCAGGAAGCAGGAAAAAGAUCCCGUUAGCCAAUCCGGACAGUGCGAAGAAAGAAAAAAAAGUGCAGAUUGCAUCAGUGGAGGAAGCAGUCAGCCAGUUCUAAAUCGGAUCAAGAGUUUGUUGCUUUCGAAAUCUGGCCGAGAUUGCCCCAUCAAACUAGCAAACGAGGGAAGGAAAGGUGAAAAUGCUGCUAGCUCGGGAAAGCUAGAAAUUUGAUUAUACAAUACCUACUGCAGAGAACCAGGAAGCAGAAGCAGAAGGAAGUGGGGAGCAAGACGAAAGCACACCGUGCGAGUAUCUAGAAGAAAGUACCAAGUGUAUUGUGCAAUAAUCGUCAUAUCGGAAGGAAAAAUCUCGCAUUCGUCGAGCAGUGGAAAGUGGGUGGUGGACGGAUUCCGUUCCUGCGUUCCGUUUCGUGAGUGAACGCGAAAAAAGUGCGUGAACAGAAGUGGUUUCCGGAAAGAUAUGAAAUAUAGCACACGUCGAUCAAUUGACCAUCAGCAGAAGAGGCGCAAAGUUCGAAUGAAUCUAUCGUCCCUUCAGUGAACGGGAACUACUGACCGGAGGGGACUGAAAAGGGGACACAGAAUCGAUUUCGGUCACUGGUGAAAUCAUUGUUGUACCAGUUUGCUCCUAGACGGUGGUGGCAGUAAUUCUAUCGUGGAGCCCCCAAAUAGAUCACCAUCGUCGUCAGCACCCGAAAGCAGAAGGAGAAAACAUCCAGAGAGCAAACAACAAACUGUGGAACACACAUAGAAAAAUCCACACACAAAGUUUCAUCCCCAGCGCCGGUUGCUCGCUCAGAGCAAAUAAUCCAGCAAGCUGCAGCCGCAAACGAUAAACAUGACCGCGACGGACAAUACGAUCCGCUUCAGCGACCACACACUGGACAAAGCGACCAAGGCCAAAGUGACACUGGAGAACUACUACAGCAACUUGAUCACCCAGCAUGGCGAGCGGAAGCAGCGGCAAGCCAAACUGGAGGCCUCCCUCAAGGAUGAGGCCCUCUCCGAAUCACAACGCCAGGAAAAACGGAUGCAGCAUGCCCAAAAGGAGACGGAAUUUCUGCGACUCAAACGGUCCCGCCUAGGGGUGGAAGACUUCGAAGCGCUCAAAGUGAUAGGCCGGGGAGCGUUCGGCGAGGUGCGGUUAGUGCAGAAGAAGGACACCGGCCACGUGUACGCCAUGAAGGUGCUACGGAAAGCGGACAUGCUGGAGAAGGAACAGGUGGCGCACGUGCGGGCGGAGCGAGAUGUCCUAGUCGAAGCCGAUCACCAGUGGGUGGUGAAGAUGUACUAUAGCUUUCAGGAUUCGGUCAAUUUGUACUUGAUUAUGGAGUUCCUACCGGGCGGGGACAUGAUGACGUUGCUGAUGAAAAAGGACACACUCUCUGAGGAAUGCACGCAAUUCUACAUCGCCGAGACGGCGCUGGCGAUCGAUUCCAUCCAUCGGCUUGGAUUCAUUCAUCGAGACAUCAAACCGGACAACUUGCUACUGGAUGCCCGCGGACAUUUGAAGCUAUCGGACUUUGGUCUCUGCACCGGAUUGAAGAAAUCCCACCGCACCGAUUUCUAUCGGGAUCUGUCACAAGCCAAACCUUCCGACUUCAUUGGAACCUGCGCAAGUCCGAUGGAUUCCAAGCGACGGGCGGAGAGCUGGAAGCGGAAUCGGCGAGCCCUGGCCUACAGUACGGUCGGCACACCGGAUUACAUCGCACCGGAGGUGUUCCUGCAAACGGGCUAUGGGCCGGCAUGCGAUUGGUGGUCGCUGGGAGUCAUCAUGUACGAGAUGUUGAUGGGCUAUCCGCCGUUCUGUUCGGAUAAUCCCCAGGACACCUACCGGAAAGUCAUGAACUGGCGGGAGACGCUGAUCUUCCCACCGGAAACGCCCAUUUCGGAAGAGGCUCGCGACACGAUCGUCAAGUUUUGCUGUGAGGCUGAGAGGAGAUUGGGUUCGCAACGUGGAAUCGAGGAUUUGAAACUGGUGUCGUUCUUCCGAGGUGUCGACUGGGAACACAUUCGCGAACGGCCUGCGGCCAUACCGGUUGAGGUACGUUCCAUCGACGACACGUCCAACUUUGACGACUUCCCCGACGUAGCCCUGGAAAUACCUGCCCAUCCCACACCGGAGGGUGAAGUCCUCAAGGAUUGGGUAUUCAUCAACUACACCUUCCGACGGUUCGAGAGUCUCACGCAACGUGGAACCCCGACGAAAAAGUAAACCCCCCUCCCCACUCACCCCACUGUGCGUGUCUUCUCCAGCUUCCGCCGGCAACUAUAUAUAUAUUUAUGUGUUUGCUGAUGAUGUUCUAAUCACACUUCGCACCCCCUUUGACUCUAAUCUCUAGCACUAAACGCGCCGGUGACGACCGUACAUCGGUGUUAGGGAGGCAAGGUGGACAGUUAGAGAUCCAACACACGGGGGAUCCCCCACUUUGACCUUAGAUAGCAUUCGUUAAGAAUCCCGCCCCGCCCAGGGCGUCGAAAAACCAAUAAGUAGCGACUCAAUUGAUACAAGGAUACAAAUGCAAUUGGGAACCCGUAACUAACAAUAUCCUCUAUAUAAAGUACACAAAAAAAAUAUAAAGUAAUUUAACGUAAAACAAACACUAAGCAGAGCAACUCGUGAGAAGAAAAUGAAUCAAAGAAUAUCGAUAGCAGAACGUAACAUUAGAAUUAGCAUCGUCAGUUCAGUGCAUCCUCCCCUCGUUUUUCCCUCCUGCGCUUAGAUAGAGUUCAUUUUGUACCAUGAUAUGCUAGGAAGGUCCCUCUAAUUUUCGCCUCUCACAGCCAAGUAGACUUACAACAACACACUGCAACGGUAAGACGUAAUAUGGAUAGUAGUCUCGUAACAGCUAACAGCACCGAACAGAAACAAACAAACCAACCACACACACAGAACGCUUGCUUUUAGUAGGAUUAAUGUAAGUGAAGGAAGACAAGUUUUGAUGAAGUGUCCCACCCCCUUGAGCCGCGAAACAGUGGGGUUAUGUUCGUUCGGAUGGGUGGCAUUUCGGAAGGCAUGAGUCGUUGGGAAGAAUAUUUAGGAAAACAUCUUCAUUGCAAAAUUUAGUCGCUAGAUUGCACUUUAAGUGUCAGAAAAGUUAUUGGAAAAUGUAUUCUUAUUGGAAAUUGUAUGUUAUCAGCCUUGUCAAACACUGAUAGGCGAUGGGAGUUGUUACAAAAAUCUUAUUAGGAGGUGGAGGAGGUGAACCAGCGUUCGGCUGAAAGCCUCUUAAAUAAAGGCAAAAAAAAUCUUACUAACAGUAUAAGUUAAACCUUCUCGACAAGACUUGCGGCAAACCACUUCGAUAUUUUUUGUUAUCGUUGUACCUAGUACAGUAUAGUUAAUGGAACUUCUCUCGCAGGAUUUCGACUAACCCCGUUGAAAUAACUUCGACAGUCAUUUAUGAGAAUUUUCGGAAACUUCAAGGCUUUAUGAAGCUCAUACACAUUCUAUACAGAAUUCAUGGACUCACGCUUCGAAAGAUUUGAGGAAUCCUGCUCCUAUGGAUUGAUUGAAAUUAUCCCAUUUCAGGUUAUCCAAGAAAUUUUGCUUGAUGAAUCAUGCUCCUAUGGAUUUGAGAAAUUCAAUCUUGAUAUUGGAUGCAAACCGAGGGAUUUCGUUUUGAAAGAUUCGAAGAAUCUCGUUCCGAGAGAUUUGGUAAAUUCUGCUCCUAGAAAUUCGUGAAAUCACAUUCCAAAAAGUUCCAGAAAUCCAGUUCCGAGGGAUUCUGAGGAUCUUUUUAUGAGGGAUCCAAAGUAUUGCCGUCUGAGAGAUUCGAAAACUUCGGGGAAUGAUUAAAAAAUUCAUAUUCCAAGAGAUUCAAGGAAUUCCGUUUGGAGAUUUUCAGGGAAUUUCUUAUAUCGAUAAAUUCCAGAAAUCAAGUUUUUGAAUUCUUUUACGAUGGAUUUGAGGUUUUUCCUAUCCAAUCGAAAAGAUUCGUAUUCGUAUUCGUAUUGGGAGAUUCGAGGAAUCCCGUUCCGAGAUAUUCGAGAGAUUUGAGGAAUCCCGUUUCUAAAUAUUUGAGGUAUCUCGUAUUGAGAGAUUUAAUGAAACCUGCUUAACUGGAUUUCAGCAAUUCCAUCCCAAAAUAUUUGGCAACUGUUGUAACUAAUGAUUUGGAAAAUGCUGAAACUUCUGCGGAAGCCUCGAUUCUUGGGAAAUGUUGGGAACUCUAGAAUUUGUCGAGAAGUUCUAGAAUUUGUACUCCGAAUCUUUUUACGAAAGAUUUCGAGAGUUUUCAGAAAUCCUCCUUAAGCAAUCUAAUGAAGAGGGCUUCACAGAAUUGCACUUUUUAUGAAUCUGGAAAUCUCGGUUCGAGACAUUUGAGGAAUCUCAUUCUACUCAGAUGGAUUUGAGAAAUCCAAUACCGAAAUAUUCUACGGAUCUUGUUACGAAGGAUUCGAAAAUUCUCAUGCUGCAAGAUUCGAAGAAUUCCAUUCUAAAUAAAUUUGGGCAAUUCAGGUAAUAUUAUGUUCCAAGAAUUUGAGAAAUCCAAUUUUGAGAAUUGACAGAUACGAGCAAUCCCAUUUUGAACGAUUCGAGAAAUUCCAUUCCAAGAAAUUCGAGGAAUCUCGUUCUGGAAGAUAUGAAAAAUCCCGCUGAGAAAGUUUCGAGGAAUCCUAUACGUGAGUUCUGAGAAUCUUUACGAAUGAUUCUAGGAAUUUCAUGUCAAGAGAUUCUUGAAAUAUGUUUUAAAGGGAAUUGAUGAAUUUCGUUCCAAGAUAUCCAACGGAUUCGAGAGACAACGUCUCGACAAAUUUGUGGAUUCUUAUGACGAAAGAUUCAGGUUAUUCCAUUCCGAAAUAAAGAAUUAAUUUCGUUUCAUGUAUUGAAGAAAUCAUUUGGCUCCUAAGAAUUUGAAGAAGUCCCGAGGUAUUUGGGAAUUCUUGUAACAAACAAUUUGGGAAAUAUCACACCGAAAGAUUUGAAAAAUCUUAUUCCGAGAUAUUCGAGAAACAGCGCUUCAAUAUUGUCAAGGAAAUCCAUUACAAGAGAUUUGAGGAAUCCUAGACCAAGAAGUUUAAAGAAUCCUGCUCCUAUAGAUCUGAGAAAUCCAUUCCAAGAGAAAGCUUGUUACGAAAGAUUUGAGAAAUAUCCUACUAAAAGAUUCCUGGAAAUCUUUCUUUGAUAGAUCUCAGGUAUCCCAUUCCAAUAGACUCUAGAAAAACCCAUUCCAAGAUAUUCGAGAAACCUUUGAUAACUUCGAGGUUCUAUUUCGAGGAAUAUCUGGAAUAGUUCCCUAAGUAGGGCGUAUAGCAGGUUUCUUUUUAGAGAUUUGGUCUGUAUUUUAAUGCAAAACGAGUCUGUUUUUAAUGGAUCGUCUCUAAAUUAUCUUCUUUAACCAAAACGGUCUCUUUUUGGAGGCUCCAGAGAAACCUUCGGCAAUUUUUACGCGAUUAUUCUCCAGGAAUUCAUUUUCAAUUUCUCGAGGAAAGAGCUUUAGGAAUUAUUUUAAUAAUUUUUCCAGAGAUUUCUUUCUGUGUACUUUCAGGAGCUCUUCUCCUGGCAUUCAUCCAGAAAUUCUUCUCGAGA